UACCGAUGGUAUUUUACGCCAAGGCCAAUGCGAGUUUCUCCUUUAGACUAUACAAUUUUAAAACAUUCUGCAAGGGCAUGCGGAGCCAACGAAAGACCCCAGUUGGUUAUUCUAGUGAUGUCAUUACAUCACAUGACGUCACAACGACAAGCCAUUCGUGACACCUGGGGUAGUGUGUCCACCCUGGGUACAUGGCCAGGGACAACAGAACAAUUUUCAAUUAGACUAUGUUUCGUCUUGGGUCUUAGUAAAAACGAUUCCUUAAACAUGGCUGUGGACAAAGAAGCAGAAAAAAAAGGAGACUUGAUCUUGGUAGACAUUGAUGACACUUACUACAAUCUGACACGCAAGGUCUUGAUGGGUUUCAAGUGGAUCAAAGAGUUCUGCCCCAUUGUUAAACACGUCAUGAAAGUUGACGAGGAUACGUAUAUAAAUAUUCCUCAGUUUAUAGCAUUAAUCAACUCCCGUGAUUGGAACAAUCUCAUAUAUGGGCCAUACUUUCCUUCCGCACGGGUAGAGAGAGUUGGAAAGUCGAUGGUAUCGGAGGAAGCCUAUCCUAUAGCUGUGUACCCUCCACACGUGAAGGGGAACAUGUACUGCAUGUCCGUCACUGUUGCCAUGGAGAUCCUGGCCGUCUCCGAAUACAUGCCCUACGUGAACAUGGAGGACGCGUAUAUCACCGGAAUACUGGCUAAAAUAUUCGACGUCAGACACGCUGGACUGCCGGGAAAACAAUACGAUUUAUUUUCAGCUGCUACCCCUUGUGAAUUAGCAACUGGGAAUAAAAUGGUUUCUCAACAGAUAUUUAAUCAGACCUUUUACAAAAUAUGGUUCGGACUUAAAGACCCUUCACUGUGCCUCACAAAACACCCAUAGGUAUUGUUGUUGUUUCUUUGGGUUUUUUUGUUUGUUUGUUUGUUUGUUUGUUUGUUUUAUUCACAAAUACCCUGUUACAAUUAACUGCCCCAAUCCAGGAGAAAAGGGACAGGUGGUCUACAUGACCCAGGAAUGAUGGUUGGGUUGUUUUGUUGUUUUGGGGGGGUAUUUAUUUAUUUUUUGUUAAAACUAACCAAUAAAAAUUUCAAGUAAUCUGGGAUUACUAAAAACAAUAUUUGUAUAACAUUAAAUAGUAGACCUUAGUGAAGAGUGAACGAUAGUGAUUUUGUGAAUUAAAUUUUUAUUUAUACCUUUC